GUGUCCCAAGCUGCACCUGAGCCUGGAGAACGGCCAGGUGGUGGCGCAGGCGAUGGAGAGGGUGCCGGUGGAGGGCAGCUGGGCCGAGUACAGCUGCAACCCAGGCUUCCGGCUGGUGGGCAGCGCCCGCAGCAACUGCACCAAGCUGGGGCGCUGGAGCGCCCCCAAGCCCAGCUGCGAGCUUCGUCGCCCCCUCUCAGGGAAGAAGGCCGUCCACGUGGGGGCGCUGUUCCCCAUGAGCGGGGGGUGGCCGGGGGGCCAGGCCUGCCUGCCCGCCGUCCGCAUGGCCCUGGAGGACAUCAACAGCCGCAGAGACAUCCUGCCCGACUACGAACUGCGGCUGAUCCACCACGACAGCAAGUGUGACCCUGGCCAGGCCACCAAGUACCUCUAUGAGCUCCUCUACAACGACCCCAUCAAGAUCAUCCUGAUGCCAGGCUGCAGCAGCGUCUCCACCCUGGUGGCUGAGGCUGCUCGGAUGUGGAACCUCAUCGUGCUGUCCUACGGCUCCAGCUCGCCGGCGCUGUCCAACCGCCAGCGCUUCCCAACCUUCUUCCGCACUCACCCCUCGGCCACGCUGCACAACCCCACGCGGGUGCAGCUCUUCCGCAAGUGGGGCUGGACCAAGAUCGCCACCAUCCAGCAGACCACGGAGGUCUUCACCUCGACCCUGGAUGACCUGGACCAGCGGGUGAGGGAAGCAGGUCUGGAGAUCACCUUCCGCCAGAGCUUCUUCUCCGACCCUGCCGCUCCUGUGCGCAACCUCAAGCGCCAGGACGCCAGGAUCAUCGUGGGGCUCUUCUACGAGACCGAGGCGCGGAAGGUCUUCUGCGAGGUGUACAAGGAGAAGCUGUACGGCAAGAAGUACGUCUGGUUCCUGAUCGGCUGGUACGCCGACAACUGGUUCCGCAUCAAGGACCCUGCCAUCAACUGCACCCAGGCCGAGAUGGCCGAGGCCGUGGAGGGGCACGUCACCACCGAGAUCGUCAUGCUCAACCCCGAGAACACCCGCAGCAUCUCCAACAUGACCUCCCAGGAGUUCAUCGAGAAGCUGCAGAAGAGGCUGGGCAAGAACCCCGAGGAGACAGGAGGCUUCCAGGAGGCUCCCCUGGCCUAUGAUGCCAUCUGGGCCCUGGCCCUGGCCCUCAACAAGACCUCUGCAGAGCUGGCCAAGAAGGGCCUGAGGCUGGAGGACUUCAACUACAACAACAAGAACAUCACCGACGAGAUCUACAGAGCCCUCAACUCCUCGGCCUUUGAGGGGGUCUCGGGCCACGUCGUGUUCGACGCCAGCGGCUCGCGCAUGGCCUGGACCCUCAUCGAGCAGCUGCAGGGAGGGGUCUACAAGAAGAUUGGUUACUAUGACAGCACCAAGGACAACCUCUCCUGGUACAACAACGACAAAUGGAUCGGAGGUGCCCCUCCAGCUGACUACACCAAGGUCAUCACCACCUUCAGAUUCCUCUCCCAGAAGCUCUUCAUCUCUGUCUCGGUGUUGGCUUCCUUGGGCAUCCUCCUGGCCAUCAUCUGCUUGGCCUUCAACAUCUACAACGGCCACGUCCGGUACAUCCAGAACUCCCAACCCUACCUGAACAACAUGACCGCCGUGGGCUGCACCCUGGCCCUGGCUGCUGUCUUCCCCCUGGGCCUGGAUGGGUACCACAUCGGGCCAGGCCUCUUCCCAUUCGUCUGCCAGGCCAGGCUCUGGCUGCUGGGCCUGGGCUUCAGCCUGGCCUACGGCAGCAUGUUCACCAAGAUCUGGUGGGUCCACACCGUCUUCACCAAGAAGGAGGACAAGAAGGAGAAGAGGAAGACUCUGGAGCCUUGGAAGCUCUAUGCCACCGUGGGGCUGCUGGUGGGGCUGGACGUGGUCACCUUAAUCAUCUGGCAGAUCGUGGACCCCCUGCACCGCACCAUCGAGGAGUUCACCAAGGAGGAGCCCAAGACGGACACCGACGUCUCCAUCCUGCCCCAGCUGGAGCACUGCAGCUCCACCAAGAUGAACACCUGGCUGGGGAUCUUCUACGGCUCCAAGGGGCUGCUGCUGCUGCUGGGCAUCUUCCUGGCCUACGAGACCAAGAGCGUCUCCACCGAGAAGAUCAACGACCACCGCGCCGUGGGCAUGGCCAUCUACAACGUGGCAGUGCUGUGCCUGAUCACGGCGCCGGUCACCAUGAUCCUCAGCAGCCAGCAGGACGCCGCCUUCGCCUUCGCCUCCCUGGCCGUCGUCUUCUCCUCCUACAUCACCUUGGUCGUCCUCUUCGUGCCCAAGAUGCGGCGCCUGAUCACGCGUGGGGAGUGGCAGUCGGAGCAGCAGGACACCAUGAAGACAGGAUCCUCCACCAACAACAACGAGGAGGAGAAGUCCAGGCUGCUGGAGAAGGAGAACAGGGAGCUGGAGAAGAUCAUCGCUGAGAAGGAGGAACGAGUCUCGGAGCUGCGCCAGCAGCUGCAGGACCGGCAGCAGCUCCGCUCCCGGCGCCGCUCCUCCAACCCCGCCCGGGACGCCGACAACCACUUCCCGCCGGGGGUGGGCUCCUCCCCGGCCCCCCCGGCUCCUUUCUACCAACCCAACCUGCCCCUGGUGCGCUGCUUGGUCACCGAGCAGGCCGAGAAGCUCGGCAGGGCCAACUGCGACGGCAGCCGAGUGCACCUGCUCUACAAGUGACCCCCGGGGGACCCCCACAGGC